AUGCCCAGCGAGCCGCACGUUGGCUCGGGCGGCUUGACGCCGGGGGCGCCCGAUGUGCCACCGCCGGGCGGCUUCAAGCCGGUACGUUACUCGCGGAACCUGCCCAAGGGAGGGCCGUCGUCGCUGGUGAUCGCACUCGGCUCCGCCGCCCUCUUCACAUUCGGCAUGUACAAGGUCAUAUCCGCCAACCGGCUGCGCCGGUCAUGGUUUCGCGAGGAGAAGGACAUACGGCUAGCGAUCCUGCCCUUUCUGACGGCGGAGUCCGACUUGCAGCAACAGCACAUCAAGAGCACGCUCACCCAGAAGGAGGCGGAGCUCAUGGCGAGCGUCCCUGGCUGGGAGGCGGGUGCGAGCGUCUACCACUCGCGGUACAUGAAGCCGAUGGAGAAGAUUGGCGUUCCGCAGUCCCAGAAGAGCAUCUUCGGCGCCACCUCGUGAUCGCCGACCGCUCGUCUACUACUCUUAUAGCGUUAGCACGGCACUCAGGGCCGGUGGAUGUUGGCGGCGGGCCGCUCUGACCUCUGUCCGCUCUCGUCGUCGUGCACCCUCUCGAAAAGCGCUCGGGCUCGCGGCGCGUGACUCGCUCCCAGCACGCUUUGUUCAUGACAUAGUUUUUUCUUUUCAUCUCUCUGGACUCUGC